UUUUUCGUUUGAAGUCAAUUCAAAUUAAAAAAAGAGACCAUUCCCCGGGGCGUUUAUUCAUUCACCUUCUCUAUAAAUGAUGGUCUAAAAAAAGGAUCAUCAAUUCACUCAAUAACGAGCAACAUUAAUCAGCAGAAGAAAAAAUGGAUCCUCGUAUAAACCAAGGCCAUACCAGUGAAGAUCAAGAAGAAGAAAGAGACUUAUUUGCAAAAUAUUUCCAAAACAACAUAGUAGGAAGAGGAGAAGAAAGAAACUACCAUCAAGGCAACACUGGAGAUAGAGGAAGAGGAAGAGGCCAUCACCAGCCAUAUUUCGUGAACAACAUAGGGGGAGGAGUCGGAGUCGGAGUCGAUCCUCAACCAUAUUUUCGCAGCACAAUUAUAAGAGUCGGAGAAGGAGAGGGAGGGGAUGGUCGUCAACCAUAUUUUGUGAACAACAUCGGCGGUGAAGCCCAAAUUUACCAAACAACUGUUAAACAAGGAGGAGUACUAAUCCUCAAUGAUCCAGGGGAAGAAGGAGGAGGCCCUCAGAGGCCAUAUUUUGAGAACAAUAUCGAAGGAGGAGGAGGAGGUGGUGCCAGUGGUAGUGAUGGAGUUCGGAUUUACCAAACAACUGUUAAAUCAGGGGAAAUAGGCUUCCUGAAUAAACCCGAUAACUAAUUCAAUGCAUCAAAUUGGAUGUUAUGUGCUUGAAUGGGUUUAAGUUUAGUUGCAGUUAAGUUUUAUGCAGUUCAUCAUGUCUUCGAUGAACUUAUUUGGGAGUUUAUAUUUGAGUAAAAGGUGUACUUGUGGAUGUUUGUAUACAGCCCAUCUCUGUUUUCAUGAAACAUGUUGUUCAAUAA